AAAAGAAUGCGAUUCAAACAGCCCUUUGACCGCAUGAACUUUGCGCCAUGUCCACAAAACAACCUGUGAGUCCGAGUGGCGAAGACAUCUUGGAGCUGCUGGAGGCGACCACCGCCCCCGAGCAACGCUUGAGCGAUCACCUCCACGCGCCGCAGCUGCUCCGCUGGAGCUUGUGCAGCGGCACCUGGCGCGCGCAGCUGGCGCGGAGCCCCGCGUGGCGGCGGCUGGCGCGGUGGCGGUUUGGGGAACAGUUGGAGCUGACAGGUCCUUGGCCCGAAGCCUGGGGCGCCCAGCUCCGCGAGGACGGAGUUCUUGGACCGACCGCGAGGGGGGGGUGCAAGAGCGGAAGGUGGAAGGAAGUGGCGCUUUUGGGGUUAGGAACAAGAAGCUAUUAGAAACAAGUGCAUCGCU